CUGCGGGUAGUGUCUAUGGUGUCUAUACUUAUCUAUGUAAAGUGCAAUCAGAUAGUCAGACGAGAAACGCCAAGAGUUUAAAAAAUAUGUAAAUUCGUUGACAUAUCCGAUAACUUAUUUAUACUUUUUUUGCAAAUAUUACAAAUGUGAUUUAUGGUAUUUGUUUUGUGUUUUGGUAGUAAAUUUCGUUAUGGCCACUCUUAAUAAAAACGAAGAAGUUCUGUGUCACGUAUGUGGUACAUUUUCUGUUGCGUGUUGUAAUCAUAAUUGUUAUGACCAACACGUUCAAACCGUCAACCAACUAAGUGCGUAUGAGGAAUAUUUUAAAAACAGGAUUGAUUUUGAAAACUAUAGAAUAUUUUCGUCCUCUGUGUGUGUUACAAUAGUCGAUUUUUUCACUGCUAUCGAAGAAGAUUUUAUCAUUUUAGUGAACCGUUUACGUUUAGAGCACAAUGCACUGGUAAUAAAUAUAAACUUUUUUGCUCUCUAUCAUGAAGAGAGCUUAAAUGAAGACAGCAAAUAUAUCGCCGAAGUAAAAAUGUUUAAUGUAUACAAUAAGGAAUUAGCAAAAAACACUGAUGUGUAUAAGUUAUACAAAGAUAUUGUGCAUUCAUUUAUUUUUCAAAGUGAUGGAUUAAAAACUUCAAAAUGUAGUUGGACUCUGGAGGAAUUGCUUUUUGUUGAAAUAAUUAAGGUCAAAAAAUUAUUUGAAAUGAAUUUACAUCAAAAUCACUUGUAGAGAUGUCAUAAAUCAUAAUAAAUCACAUUUAACCUGGUAAUCAUAUAUAAUAAUAUUUCUAUAAAUUACUCAUAAUCAUUAGUUGACAGUUGUGGUAUAACUAACUAAAAUCAGUUAUUUUAAAACAAUAAAUGUAUUAAUUUUA